AUGGGAGACGUUAGCAAGGAAGCAGUCGAGCAAUACUUGGAGAAUAACCCACAGUUUGCCAAGGAAUAUUUUGACAGGAAGCUCAGGCCAGAGUCGAUCAGUGCAGUCUUCAACGGCACAAAGGUAGAGUUGAAGGAUGGAGCUUCCUUCAAGGACCUGUGCAAGUUGGAGGAGUCUGACAUUGUGUUUGAGCUGGUAAGAGAGAUGCAGGACGUCUCCAAUGUAGAGAAACAGAUGCAUAAGGUACUGCAGAGGAUUUUGACCCUGGUCAACGCAGACAGAGGAAGCAUGUUCUCAUUCAGGUCGAGGAACGGUGUCCCUGAACUGGCCACAAGACUUUUUAAUGUGACCAAAGACUCCAGUUUUGAGAGUAAUCUUGUGGCGCCAGAGGCCGAGAUAGUCUUUCCAUUGGAUAUGGGGGUAGUGGGAUGGACGGCACACACCAAGAAGGUGCAGAAUAUUGCUGAUGUUAAAAAAGAUGCCCAUUUUUCUGCAUUUGUUGAUAAGCAGACUGGGUACGUGACCAUGAACAUUCUAGCUGCUCCUAUGGUACAGGGGAAGGAAGUACUAGCAGUCCUGAUGCUGGUCAACAAAGUUGGUGAACCACAGUUCACAAAAGAAGACCAAGAGGUUUUUACAAAAUAUUUGAACUUUGCAUCAUUAGCACUGAAAUUCUCCCACAUAAAUUACCUCUAUAAUGUGGAACAGCGAAGGUCACAGAUUCUGUUAUGGUCUGCCAACAAGGUGUUCGAAGAACUUACAGACAUUGAACGCCAAUUUCACAAAGCUUUGUACACAGUUCGACUUCAUUUAAAUGUUGAAAGAUAUUCAGUCGCUCUUCUGGAUAUGACCAAACAAAAGGAAUUUUUUGAUGAAUGGCCAAUCCUGAUGGGUGAAGUUCCCCCUUAUAAAGGCCCAAAGACCCCAGAUGGCAGAGAAAUUAACUUUUAUAAGAUCAUUGAUUAUUUGCUGGUGGGAAAAGAGGAAAUUAAAGUCAUCCCGUCUCCUCCUGCAGAUCAUUGGUCACUAGUGAGUGGCUUGCCAACCUAUGUUGCUGAAAAUGGUUUUAUCUGCAACAUGAUGAAUGCUCCAGCAGAUGAGUACUUUAUGUUUCAAAAAGAAGCAGUGGAUGAAACAGGCUGGGUUAUAAAAAAUGUCCUGUCUUUGCCAAUCGUGAAUAAGAAAGAAGAGAUAGUGGGAAUAGCUACAUUUUACAACAGAAAGGAUGGCAAACCAUUUGAUGAAUAUGAUGAGCAGAUCACUGAAACUUUGACACAGUUCCUGGGAUGGUCACUCCUGAACACAGAUACUUAUGAUAAAAUGAAUAAACUAGAAAGCAGGAAAGAUAUUGCUUCAGAAAUGUUGAUGUGCCAUUCAAAGUGCACUGACAAGGAACUUCAGACCAUUUUGAAAACAAAAGAGAAGCUGAACAAGGAUGUUGCAGAUUGUGAACAGAAGGAAAUGAUUGCGAUCUUGAAAGAAGAACUACCUGAUCCGAGCACUAUUGAGCUCUAUGAAUUUCACUUCAGUGACUUGCCUGUUCCAGAGUUUGAUCUAAUCAAGUAUGGAAUUCGGUGUUUCUUUGAAAUAAAGGCUGUUGAAAAAUUCAAGAUACCAGCAGAUGUAUUGACUCGAUGGAUGUUUACGAUCAGGAAAGGUUACCGUGAUAUCACCUACCAUAACUGGCGCCACGGAUUUAACGUUGGACAGACCAUGUUUACACUUUUAAUGACAGGUAAAAUAAAGAAAUACUAUUCAGAUCUAGAAGCUUUCGCCAUGGUUACAGCAGCUUUUUGUCAUGAUAUUGAUCACCGUGGCACCAAUAAUUUGUACCAGAUGAAAUCACAAGCACCUCUAGCAAGGCUGCAUGGGUCUUCUAUUUUGGAAAGACAUCAUCUUGAGUACAGUAAAAUACUACUUCAGGAUGAGAGUAUAAACAUUUUUCAGAACCUGAACCAACGUCAGUAUGAAACAGUCAUGCAUUUAAUGGAAGUUGCUAUAAUCGCAACCGACUUGGCCUUGUAUUUCAAGAAAAGGACAAUGUUUCAAAAGAUUGUUGACCAUAUUGAACAAACUGAGAAUGAAGAAGAGGCCAUAAAGUAUAUUUCUUCUGACCCAACCAAGAAAGAAAUUGUCAUGGCAAUGAUGAUGACAGGAUGUGACUUGUCUGCUAUAACAAAGCCUUGGGAAGUACAAAGCAAGGUUGCACUAAUGGUUGCCAAUGAAUUCUGGGAGCAAGGUGAUUUAGAACGUACAGUUUUACAGCAGCAACCAAUUCCCAUGAUGGACAGAAAUAAAAGAGAUGAACUCCCCAAACUACAAGUUGGUUUCAUCGACUUUGUGUGUACCUUUGUGUAUAAAGAGUUUUCAAGAUUCCACAAAGAAAUAACACCAAUGUAUGAUGGUCUCCAAAACAACAGAGUUGAAUGGAAAACGCUGGCCGAUGAGUAUGAAGCGAAGAUGAAGCUGAUUGAAGAACAAAAGGAACAAGAAGAAAUGGCAGCCAAGAAAGGAAGUGUUGAAGGCAAACGUGGAGGAAAAUCCAGAACAUGUGAAAUAUUUUAA